UUGAGCUUGACACAGUAAACACCUGCUUGUGGCACAUCUCACUCCCUCACACACACGAUCGGUAUUAUGCAAGGCAUUCUAUCAACAAAGUACUCAAUGGCCACCGUUGCGUGGACGCACGCACUACGCUUGUCUUCACGGUCGUUCGCGUCGAGCGCUGCCAGGUGGCAGGCAGUGCCUGCGGAGAAACCGGUGUUGCAGAAAGAGUUCAAGAUUUACCGUUGGAACCCGGAUGAACCAGACAAGAAACCGAUGUUACAGUCUUACACCAUUGAUCUCAAUCAAACAGGGCCAAUGGUUUUGGAUGCACUCAUUAAAGUAAAAAACGAGAUCGACCCCACACUCACUUUCCGCCGUUCCUGCCGAGAAGGCAUUUGUGGAUCUUGUGCAAUGAACAUCAACGGGCAGAACACCCUCGCUUGCUUAUGCCGGAUCGACAGAGAUGCCAGCAAGGAUGUCAAGAUUUACCCGCUCCCUCAUAGUACGUUGCCCUUGCCACUGUUCUCUACGACCGUUCUAACGCCCAGUUUCCUACCUCCGCUCUGUCCUUCCGCUCAUUUGUUAAUUCCACCUUCCAAACAUUCAGUGUACAUCGUCAAAGAUCUCGUUCCUGACCUCACUCUCUUUUACAAACAAUACAAAUCCAUCAAACCAUACCUCCAAAACGACAAUCCUCCUGCUCAGGGAGAGUUUUUGCAAAGUCCCGAAGAACGCAAGAAACUUGACGGCCUUUACGAAUGUAUCUUGUGCGCUUGCUGCUCUACGUCUUGCCCGUCGUAUUGGUGGAACCAAGAUGAGUACCUUGGCCCUGCGACGCUGAUGCAAGCGUAUAGAUGGAUUGCGGAUUCAAGGGACUCGUAUGGCGUCGAGCGCAAAGAAGUCCUACAGAACGAAAUGAGCCUUUAUCGCUGCCAUACCAUCUUCAACUGUACGUCCUCUUUACUAAUUAUAUCCAUGGCAGUUCACACGAAUCGAUCAAUAGGUGCGCGUACUUGCCCAAAGGGCCUCAACCCCGCCGAGGCCAUUGCGAAGAUCAAGCUCGAGCUCGCAGCGGAGUAGCAACAAUUAUGAUGUCGCGUUUAUCGUGCCCUGUUCUGGUGUCUUACAUUCACACGGGUAUCACGUUUAGGUAAAGCUGUAUCAAUGUGGAUACGUUCUAGUACAUAGUGGAGAA